AUGGGGGUUCUGCGUGCUCUCUACAGCCGUGUCUCUCAGCGCGUCUGGAGCGCCCUGCAUUUCCGCGUCGGCAGCAGAGGACAAGUCCGAACAAACAAAGGAUUCAAGCCGACAAACUUUCCUCACUUUGGAGCUGCGCUCUUCUUCGCGCGGCACUCGAAGGGACUCACGCGAGACACUGUGGAAAAAUUCGUCAGGCUCAACGUGUCCGAGGCGCAGAAGCAGGAAAUGAAGAGUUGGCGCGGGGGGCUGGUGAACUCGAUUGAGAAGGGGACGUGUAUUCCGUCGCGGGAAGUGCAGAGUCGCCUUGAGCAAGUCGUCGGCGUUCCCCUCACGCGCAGGAAGAAGGCGGGAAGCCGGAGGCUGUAA